ACCAAAGCUCAUAUAACAUCCUCCAUUCUACAUCUCCCACCUCUUCCUCUACAAACCAACCACAACCACUCAAACCUAUCCAAAAUGGCACCCCCCACCCCCCUCGAGAGAGCAACCAACUCUGUCCUCCGCCUCGUAAAAGAAGAGUCCUACUACCACAAGGAGCUCGCCCAUCAAGAAACCCGCAUCUCCAAGCUCCAGACUGAGAUUGCCGCCGGCAAGCCCGACCUCGACAGCAACGCCCCUUACAUGUUGAAGCAAGAGCAAACCGCCCUCGAGGAAACCAAAGCCGUCUUCGGUCCUCUCCGUGACAAGAUCUCCGAAGCUGUCCAGAACCUGGAGGAGCAAAUCGCCAUCACGGAGAGCGAUGGGGCGGAGGGCAAGGAGGAGGAGCUGAAGAAGGCGAGGGAGGCUGUGGAGAGUGGGAAGAAGGUUGCUAAGCAGGAGUAG